UAUAAACACAAAUCGUGAUACAAAUUUACUGUGCAUAUGUAUUUUAGUUCCAACAAAAAUACAUUAUACAAUAGGAAGGUGGCAUCAGCUACCAAAGAAGCUGACAAAGUGGGAAAGGGUAAUUGAAUAUCGUAUCACCACUCACUCAAGAUGGGUCUUGAUCUCUGCUGAGAAAGCCUCCUCCACCCACUAAAUCCAUUAUUUAUUUUCCUUCUUUUACCAAUUUCCGAUAAAAUUAAACAUUAUUAUUUCGACCCGCUUAAAUUAUUCCGUAAAUCGGAUUAAAAUUGUUUUCUCUCUCUCCCUAUAUAUAUAUGUAUCUUAGAAAUACUUGAUUGGGUUCCACAUUACCAUUUUCGAGAAAAAAUAAUCCUUCAUCACUUGUUGAGGUACUUAGAAAUAUGAGGGGAGGGGGAUUGUGGCAACUUGGUCAAUCAGUUACGCGCCGCUUGGCUCAGGCUGAUAAGAAAACGGUUGCACGUCGAUGCUUUGCAUCAGAGGCUGACCUUAAGAAGACAGUUCUGUAUGACUUCCAUGUCGCCCAUGGCGGAAAGAUGGUCCCUUUUGCAGGCUGGAGCAUGCCCAUUCAGUACAAAGACUCGAUUAUGGACUCAACGUUGAACUGCAGGGAGAAUGGCAGCCUCUUUGACGUUUCGCAUAUGUGUGGUCUGAGUCUCAAAGGAAAAGACUGCAUCCCCUUUCUUGAGAAGCUCGUGGUUGCUGAUGUUGCUGGUCUUGCCCCCGGAACAGGGACUUUGACUGUCUUUACUAAUGAGAAAGGUGGUGCAAUCGAUGAUUCAGUGAUCACUAAGGUGACUAAUGAGCACAUUUACUUGGUUGUGAAUGCUGGAUGCAGAGACAAAGAUCUUGCCCAUAUUGAGGAGCACAUGAAAGCAUUCACUUCAAAAGGUGGUGAUGUUUCCUGGCACAUCCAUGAUGAGCGGUCUCUUUUGGCCCUCCAGGGUCCUCUUGCUGCCCCAGUUUUGCAGCACUUGACGAAAGAAGAUUUGAGCAAAUUGUACUUUGGUGAGUUCCAGGUGUUGGAUAUCAAUGGGGCACUCUGCUUCCUCACAAGAACAGGGUACACCGGUGAAGAUGGUUUUGAAAUAUCAGUCCCGUCUGAGAAUGCAGUGGAUCUGGCAAAAGCCAUUCUGGAGAAAUCCGAAGGCAAAGUGAGGCUGACAGGGCUAGGUGCUCGAGACAGUCUCCGACUGGAGGCCGGCUUAUGCUUGUAUGGAAACGACAUGGAGCAGCACAUAACCCCUGUUGAAGCAGGACUUACAUGGGCCAUAGGGAAGCGAAGAAGGGCAGAAGGCGGAUUCUUGGGCGCAGAAGUGAUACUGAAGCAGAUCGAACAAGGGCCAUCUAUCAGGAGGGUCGGGAUCUUCUCUGCUGGCCCGCCUGCCAGGAGUCACAGUGAGAUUCAAGACGACAAGGGCCAAAACAUAGGCGAGAUCACCAGUGGCGGGUUCAGCCCUUGUCUUAAGAAAAACAUAGCCAUGGGGUACGUCAAAUCUGGAUUACACAAGAACGGUACCAAACUAAAGAUCGUUGUACGAGGGAAGACCUACGAUGGAUCCAUCACUAAAAUGCCUUUUGUUCCCACCAAGUAUUACAAGUCAUCUUGAUUCUUUCUUAUUUGUCCAAUAACUACAUGUUGCUUCUGAGGUGUUUUUCUGGUGAACUCAAAAUGCUGCAAUCAACUAUCAAAUUUCACA